GUGAUGAAUACGCUACAUUCAAGUGUUAAGGUUUAUAUUGCAAUAAUUUCAUAAAAACCUAACAUUAACUCUAAGCUGUAUCAGACAGUUUCAGCUUGAAGGGAAAAAGAAGAAUGUGUGUGGAUCUAAGAUAAUGCUAGAAUAUCAAAUAAUAGUGCUAAAAUACAAAAUCUUUACGUUAACUAGACAAACUCUCCGUUAGAGAUAUUGUAAAUUAUAUUUUUAUUGGUGACAUAAUUGUGUAGAAGACUGCACAUUGCCUGAUCUAUUAUGCCAAUCUGAGAUUCAACUUCUAGAGCAUAAUGGCCGACUCGCCACCCAAAGACAACACGCCUCCAACAAGAAAUGGCUCGCUUCAAAUAUCCUUACCCACAGUCCUCUGCACUCCCGAAUCCUCAGAAAAUUCUGAUAUACUUUGUAAAACGAAACCCUUUAUUUCUUCGGAGUCCAAAUUGUCUUUACCGUCUAACCUAGGCACACCCACGUCACCUUUACGGUUAUCUUCCCCGUUGUCCUUGCCUACUACUCCUACUCCUUAUAUGAAGAUCACGCAGCCACAACCAGAGAAGACGGUUGCUAGUCAGAUGAAUUCUCCACCGACGACGAUAGUUCAGCAAACUGGACCGAAGCAACCUCUUGUCAACACCGGGUCGGCUACAGGCAAUCCCAGGAACAAAUGCGCACUGCAGCCCGGACACAGUCUGAUGGACUGGAUCCGGCUGGGCAACUCCGGCAAAGACCUCACGGGUGUCGGCGGCCGUAUGCGGCCCGUGUCGCCGGACGAACUCGCCGCGCAUAAUACGCAAAAUGACGCCUGGUUAGCUAUACGAGGUCGCGUGUACAACAUUACACAUUAUUUGCCUUAUCAUCCUGGAGGUCCAGAGGAAUUAAUGCGGGGAGCGGGAAUAGACGCUACUCAACUAUUUGAUAAAGUACAUCCAUGGGUAAACUACGAUUCCCUUCUCGCGAAAUGCCUCGUGGGUCCGCUACGACUAGACAGGCCUGACGCGGAGGAACUCUUCGGACUAUCCACUCCUUCCCCCAAAUCAGAAAACCGUCUCAGGGAACCCUCCAAAGCUCAAGAGCUCGUCAGAAAGUCCAUGGAAAAUCUUGCUAAUUGUAUCACCCCUGUUAGAAAAAAAAUGUCGGCAAAGAGCGAAGAGAACCUUAAAGGCAGUCCGCCAAGCAAAAUAAUGCAGAGUUUAAUACAAUCCAGCGAUCUGCCGGUGUCAAUAAGUCGGAGAGCAGCUGCGAGCCCUGUCAAAACGUCGGAAAAAAGUGAUACCGCCCCGUCGCCUCUCCGCUUUGAUUGGAUUCAAACGUCUACUAAACUGACGUUGUCGAUAUACACGGGGCCGCUGGCAAACCCGGGCGGCUGUGCGAGGAUCAUUGAAGGGAUUUUGUUUGUUGAGGUAGCCACGAACGGCUGGGUGCGAACACUCAAAUUAGUUCCCGAGGCGAAAUUGUUAGAAUCAUUACAGCUGCGAGUGUUCGCUGAAAGCGGAAAAAUCGAGGUGAUAUCACACAAAGCGGAGCCGGGCGUGUGGAAGACCUGCGGGGAAGCAGUGACGGGCGCGGCGUGUCGCGUGUCGACGCCGCGGUCUGUGUCGUGUCGCGUGGCGCGCGUGUCGAGAGUGUCGCACGACACGGUGCUGCUGUCGCUAGCGGCGCCCGCGCAGGCGCUGGUGGCGCCGCUGGGGCAUCAUGUGCGGGUGCAUAGGACUAUAUCUGACGUGGAAUGCGUGAGAUCGUACACGCCUGUCGGUGAGGGCUGGGGGCCUGAUGCGGACCGGGAUAGUGCCAUACACCUCGCCGUGAAGGGAUACGAGACUGGCGCGUUGUCACCCUACCUGACUGCGUUACAGCCUGGCGAUGAAGUCACGGUCUCUGGGCCUUACGGAAACUUCCAGCUCCAUACGCUAAAAGGGGUGAAGGAGAUAUACUUCGUGGCGGCCGGUACGGGUAUCACGCCAAUGCUGGGUCUGCUGAAAUUCAUGCUGCCAAGGCCCAAUCCGAGAUGUGAACGCAUUCAUUUGUUAUUCUUUAACAAAACGGAGGAGGAUAUCCUGUUCCGGAAUAAUUUCGAAGAAAUCGCUAGGGAAGAUGACAGGUUCUCCGUCACCCACGUAUUGUCGGACGCCGGUCCGUCGUGGCCCGGGCAAAAAGGCCGAGUGACUACCAACCUCCUCACACAAGUCAUAGGCAAGGACUCUCUCAAGUGCCGUGACCAGUGCACGCACUUCGCCUGCGUCUGCGGUCCCACCGAGUUCACGCACACCGCGAUAGACUUACUGAAGAAACUCGACAUGAAAGAUUCGUGUAUACACGCGUUCAUGGGAUAAUGUAUAAUUUGAAUUUGUAGAGUUUGUAUUAAAUCAAAGGUGUCAAAUCGAGCUCAUGUAAAUACGACUGUUUGUGUAUUUUUUUAAGGUUCAUAAUGAAUUUAUGAAGGUUAUUAAUUUACAUCGCAACGUACUGCCGGAUUCGAACUUUAAGAUACGUCAAUUAAUAGAUCUGUAAACGAUAUGGAUUAGAUGUGUCAGUGUCAAAAGUGACGUAUUUGUUUGAAGAAACGUCACAUUUGACACUGACAUAUCUAAUCCAUAUCGUUUCUAGAUCUAUUAGUUGACGUAUCUUAAAGUUAGAAUCGGGCCGGUAGUCUUCGAUUACAUAAUUUAUAAUGCAGGCAUAACAUACCAAUUGAAUUAUGAUAUUUAUGAUUAAGUUAUAAAUAUUUUACACUUUCUAAACUUUCCAAGAUAACCAAUAAUAUUUGAAAAUAGACAUUAGACAUAGACACGCUGGUUAAGUUAGAAAUUUUAACCUACAUAAUACAUACUCUAAAAUUGUAAUAGUACAUAAUGCGUUGCGAUGUACCUACUGGUUACAGAUUUGCCGAGUACUUAUCUAAAAACACUUACAAACAGAUGUAAUAUAAAAUUGUGCACAAAAUGUAAAAUAGAAUUUUACGGUAAAAGUAGUGAUAUUAAACUAAAAUUUUAAUUUCAUGUACCUAUGUCCAUUAAGUAUUAAAACAGCAAUACAAGUAUUUUAAAGAGAAGUAUCCAAUUUAAAAAGUGAUCUAAGUAAAUAAGCCAUUUAAUUAUACAUGAUAAAUAUAUUCAGAAAAGGAGUGUUAUAUAGACACAGACACCUGAAUAGAAGUUUCAUAUGUAGGGCUAUUCUGUUUUUCUUUGGGGUGAUCAAAGUUACGUGGUUCAUUUUCUGCAAAAAUCAGCUUGGAGGUCAAAUAUUCCUCGUAACGCUACGUCUUACGUA